AUGUCGGACAUCGGUCCCGCCCUCCCGCCACACCUCCUCGCAAAGCGAAAACGCCAGCAGGAAGAAGCCGAGAAGGCUGCUGCUGCUGCUGCUUCGGCGGCGCCCAAGGAAUCGGAAGGUAAAACAUCACAGGAGACCGUUGCUGUUGUCAGUGCUGCUACCGCGCCCAAGAAUGAUGUUGACGAGAAUCCCGAGAAGCGACGGAGGGUGAUGGGGCCUUAUAUGCCUGCACCGAUUGAUCAGAUGCCAUCAAGGGGACCCAAUGAGGAUGAUGAUACAAAGGGAGAAACCAACCAGGAUGAAGAUGAUUCUUCGUCGGACGAUGAAAUUGGACCUUCGUUACCUGGGGCCCGUGGUAGUGCGGCAGACGAGGAGGCCGCUGCCCAACGGCGUCUAGCAUCGAGAGUUCAAACUGCAGAAGAUAAGAUUACACGCGACGAGUGGAUGCUUGUGCCACCAGAACACGGGGACUGGACGUCAAAAGUGGAUCCUACGAAGAUUAGAAGUCGAAAGUUUCAAACUGGAAAGGGGGCGCGGGCCCCGACAGCCAAAAGUGGCGAUAAUAGCUUAUGGAUGGAGACAGUUGCGGAUAAAGCGAAGCGAGUGGCGGAUGAGGUCAUGGGAGUGCGAAGACCAGCAAAUGAAACUGGAGAAGAUGAAGAUCCUAAAGCAAAAGCCGCACGAAUUGAGGCUCAGGAGACACAGAGACGGAUCGAUGAGUAUAACACAAAAAAUCGAGGGAAGAGUCUGAUGGACGAGCACUCGAAAUCCAAGGAUAGGAAGGAAGAGGACGACCCAAGCAAAAGAGCUUUCGACCGCGAGAAGGACAUAGUCGGUAGCAGCAAGAAAAUUGGGCUCCAACAGAAGAAGCAAAUGCUGGAAAGAGCUGCGGAUUUCGGGUCGAGAUUUUCGAAAGGGAACUACCUGUAG